AGCUUUGUGUCUGGCCUAAAUGCUCUAAACUUCUCUGAAACCCUCUACUUUUCCCUGUGGAACCCGGAUGCUUGACCUCUGGCCUACUUUGUGUAAGAUUUGAAUUUCUGCAUUUUGAAUUUUAGAAUAUUUAUUUCUGUAUUGAAUUUUAAAAUAUGGAAUUUCUUCUUCAGCUGUAAUUUUAUAAUCUGAAUAUUUACAGCUAAUUUCACCUCUACAAAAUGUAGAAAAAAAUUCUGCUGUUUAAAAAUACAAAUCUAUAAGAUACGCCACAAAAACAACUACAUUUUACAUGUUUAGAAUUCAAAUUUAUGAAAUUCUAAUUGAAAACUAUAAAAUAUGCCAUGGAAAAUUCCAUUUUGUUAAAUACCACAUGUCUAAAAUUCAAAUUCACUAAAUUCUCAUUUCAAAUCAUUUUGUCUUUUAUUUAGCUCCAUAGGAGGACUGGUGCUAUUAUUCCAUAUCUAGUUUAAUGCAUCGCUUGAUGCGUUGCAGCUCUGGCGUUUGUUUGCUUUUGUCAAGGUUGUGAAGAAAGGAGAGGUCAUUUAUUUUUGUCAGUCAAGUUUACGGCUAAACAGGAAGGCUUAUUUUCCUAACUGCACUGGUUUACUGUUCUUUUUGUUGCUUUCAUGUUUAUGCUCAUUUGUUUUUGAGACAAAGUUUGGUUUUUAUGGGCCCCUGCUGACUUGCUGAGGCUGAUGCAAAUUAUUCUAAAUCUAGUUCACCCAAAAAUGAAAAUUCUGUAAUCAUUUAACCUCAUGCUUCAUGACUGACUUUCUUCUGUGGAACACGAAAGGAGAUCACCUCAGUCACCAUUCAGUUCCGUCGUACAGUUAAAAGAUGCAAUGAAAUUGAAUGGUUACUGAGGCUGUCAUUCAACCUAACAUCUCAUACAGUCAUACAGGUUUGGACCAACAUGAAGGUAUGUAAAUGAUGACAGAAUUUUCAUUAUUGGGUGAACUAUCCCUUUAAUAGCAAUAGGAUUGAAUAUUUGUUGAUACAGAUAUACUGUAUUACAUACAAACAUGCAAAAUUCUUAUAGUCUUCUCUUCGUUUCCCAGAAUGGGACAAUCUGAAGCAGUUUAUAUGCAGACUGGAGCAAACCAAUUGAUUGAAGUAGGGGUUGAUCGCACAGUAUGGGCCCAGGGCGUUUCAGGGACCGAGUCUGUGUGUCUGUGUUCUGUCACUAACAGUGUGGUGGACAAGGAAGGGACUUCCCAUCCUUUUCCAUGAGCUCAUGUUUACAGACACAUUUACACACACACACCCAACAACCAAAAUCUAGUUCACUGUGCCUGUUUUUCUGUUCUGUUAUUUCUUUCUAUUUUUUUCUCACCUGUUCAAAGAGCUCCUAUGGUCUCUCUUUUUGCUUGAUCCAUUUGUUGACCUCUAACACUGUCAUUGCUCAAUACAAACUUGAUGAGUUUUGGAAGGGCGUAGUGUUUGGGCAUUCCAAUAGGCAUUUUGAAGGUGUAUUCCAAUGGGAUUUUCAAAUGGCUAUUUGGGAACUGGGCAUUCAAGUGGGCAUUUUGGAAGGGUGUAGGGUUUUGGCAUUCCAAUAGGCAUUUUAAAAAGAUAUUCUAAUAGGCUUUUUGAUUGGGCAUAGCAAUUGGACAAUUGUUCGUAUUGGCACAGGGUUCCUAUGGUUUCUGCCCUAACACACCAAAUAUAUUGAUGUAUGUCAGGGCACUGGGGUGGAUUAGGGUCCCUGUAAUAGCUCUUCCGAGUACAUUUAUUGCUUACUACAAAAAAUUUAAUUCUGUGUAUCAGCAUCAGGUUGAAAAUUGCUUUGUAUUAGCAUUAGCAUUUGGUAAGCCCCUAAUUCCCCUGUUUCUACAGCUGAGUGUGUUUCUAUGCAUUUACAAGUGCUUCCGAAUUGUAGGAGUUCACUUAAAUAGCUUUUUCUGCCAAAACUAUGAACAUAAUAAACAAAGCACCACACAGGAGAGAUUGCAAACAAGAAAGUUAAAUGCUUACGCUAGUCACCUGGUUGUUUAUGUGCUUGAUGCUCAGGCUUGUGCUCAGAACACCAGUGAGGCUGAUGUUUUUUAUUCUGCUGUAAUGAAAAGGCUUUCUUUUUAGAAAUAUACAGUUUGAAAAAAAAAAAAAAAAAAAAAAAAAACAACUUAGCAGAGACUUUUUUUUUGCUAAUCAUGUAGUGUUGCUCUUUUUACUUAUAAAAAAAGUAUAGUACAGUGGUAGUAUCAGAUUUACAUGGUACAUUCAUAUUUCAGGCAUUUCAGACAGCAUGGUAUUACCAUCAUGGUGGUAUUAAAAAAAACAAACAAAAAAAAAAAAAUUCUACAGUACAAUGUAAAAAAAAAAAAAAAAAAAAAAAAAAAGAUUAAUUUAACGUAGUAAUCAAGCAGUACCAUUGUAGAUAUCAAAGUACCAUUGUAUUGCCAUCUGAUACCAUCACUGUACCAUGGUACCUUCACAGGUAUUUUUUCGUAAUGGGAAAGAGACAGGUGAAUCCUUUUCCAAAUGCAUAUUGAAAAAUCACAAUUACAAAUCCAUUAUAUUUGGCAUGGGAUCAACAACUUAAUUAAUUGUGGUCUCUUAGAGGGAGUAGAGCUUUGAUAUAGUUGGUCUGCCACUGCGUCAGAGCGAGUCUUCGUGACAGAUUCUUUGUUUGAAUGGAAGUGAUGGCAGUCAGGCAGUCAGCAUUCUCGGCUUCUGUCAGAGGAGCUGUCUUCAGAGAGAUAAAAGUGAGAUCUGUCCACAGAAACACUCUGAGCAAGAGUGUUUGUCACAUGUAUAACAAAGUUUAGUUUGUCUUUGCAUCUGAAGACUUAUUUUUUAUUUUUUUAUUAUUAUUUCUGUGCAUUGCAUUUCAAUUUCUUUAUUCAGCCAAAAGGGGACCAUAUUUAAAUGGGUCCAACUGAAUGAUAGAAACAUUAUAGACUGUACUUAAGGGAUCAAAUGAGUGUGUCCCACGCCCCCCCACCCCCCACCCCAUGCCAAGAUGUUUUCUUUUCUUUGUAAAGCAAUGCAAAUACAUUGCACAGUUCAACUCAUUUGAUAAGACGAAACUGAAAUUAUUAGCACAAUAACAAACUUAAUCAAGUAAGCCUCACACUUAGUCUUAGCGUGCCUUCAAAAUAAACUACACAAUGGUCAGAUUAAGUUUGUAAAUCAUCAUAAAGUUGAAGCAUUCAGUUAAAUUAAAGCAUGUAUCCUUGAUCACUCAUAAAGCUUUGUGUUUAUUGUUCUCUAUUUGACAUUCGCUGAAUUCACUUCAUGGUCAAUAUCAUUUUGGCAGUGACUCACGGCGGUAUUUAUUUGGGGAAGCAAAAUCCCCUUUUUGGGGAUGAUGCACCUGGGCCUGGCUGCUUAAUGGAAAAGCUUUUACAUUAAGUAAAUAAACAGCUUGCAUUUGAAAGGUGUGUGUGUAUAAGAGAGAGAGAGGGGGAGUAUUUGAGCUGUGGGGGGAAAAAAAAAAGCUACACCUACAAAUGUUUUGUUGUGGCUUUUUAAAAAAAAGUUAAAGUUUGGACUGAAGCUGAAGGUGAAGUGUCAAAUUUUUGUCAAGGUUAAUGUAUUUUGUCUUGAUUCAUGUGCAGAGACAACUGUAAUUGAAUAAAAUAACAAAUAAAAUGUCUCUAUCAAAACAUUGCUCUGUUUGUUUGAUUAUCCCAACUUACCUGACAUAGCAGUAUUGGCUCUAGGGUUGGGAACCGGUUCAGAACCAUUCUUUAAAAAAUACCGGAAUCGUAUGAUCUUCGUGACUUUCGUUUCCUUUAAUGGUCCUCCAGCGUGCAAUUUUCCGCCGAUGUGGCUGGAGCGCUGCCAUAUACUGACUCUACAGCAUAAAAACACACAGUUCUACCGCUGAGUUCCCAGUCAAAUGAGUCUCGAGCCUGCUCUUUUUACAGGGCGAUUCCCGAAAUAAUUAUUCAAAGGAGCCGGUUCUUUUGAAUCUACAGCUUGAAACAUACAGCGCUUCCAGUAUACAAGUAAUUUUAUGCUGAUGUAAAAGUUAUGAAUUUCCAACUCGAAAUUAAAUAAGAAUUGUUGAAGUCUCACAAGCCUGAAAUACAACAUUAGGCAACAAAACAUAGUCUAAAAUGUCUCUUGAACUGUUACUGUUUAUUUAAUGAUGACCUGCUGUGUCUAUUAAAUCAAGCAGUGCAGUUACUGACUGGUUGUUCAUAUGACAAUGUAUAAUUAAAGAUAUACAGGUUUUGUUGCAAUAAGUGGAAUUUGAUAAAAUAAUAAAUGGAUUAAUGAAAUAUGCCAUCACAUUUCAUGUUGGUUUAGAUUUCUUUAUUUAAAAUAGAGUAAGGAUCUAUUAUUAGAUUGUAUUUAUGUCUCAAGUCUGCAUUGCCAAAGUUUCCUUAGAAUGAAGGGGCAUAUUCAGCAAAUCAAACAAAUAAAGUGAACUGGCACAAUAAAAGCAGAUCUAUUAACUGUGUGUUUUGCACCAGGUUGAGGACUGAGCUCUUUAGUUGUUAUCCAUAAACACAGUCCUCCUAAGCUUGGGGGAGGAAAAAAAAGAAAGAAGAGGGGAAAAAAAAAGAAAAGAAAAAGAAGCAAAGAGCUUAAGCCCAGGACUAAAAACAGGAAUGACAAACCAUUAGCUGAAAAAUUUCCAUCUCAUUGCAACUAUGUUAUUGUUUACUUUAGCAUACACAUCCUAAUAUGGCUUGAUCUCUGUUAAAACAGUGCAGAAGGAAAGCCUGGGGCCCGGUCCAGCAGAACGGCUUUUAAACUGCCACUUAGACCAUUAGAAACAAAUGGCAUGGGCCAAGUCUCGGUGUGCCAUUUUCCUCUAAGAAAGAAAAUAAUAUCUUCUCAUAUUUUACCUCGCUCAGUUCUCAUGCACUCUACAGCCAAUCAUAUUCCAUCUUUGCUCUAUCUUUCAUUUUAAAGACCCCAUGAAAUCGUUCAACGAGGGCCGUUUACUUUCCCUUGUUGACGUAUUUCCUAUUGAAACUUGAAGUUGAGGCGGGACGUAUCGAUGGCCCUUUUUUAAUAGCUAAUGGCCUUUAGUUUAUGUAGCAGCCAUUAAUAUGUAACAAACUGUUAAUCAUGAUUAGCCACUUGCUACUGCUAGUCAGUUGCCGGUGGUAUUAGGGGGAAGGGUUUUCUCAUUCUAGAGGGCAUUUUAUUGGACACAAUGGUUUUUUUUUACCUUGUUUUUUUUUCUGUUUACUUCACCUUUUCUUCUACUAAUCUUCUCAUUCUUUUUGUGUUUGUUUAUCUCUCUCUCUCUCUCUCGCUCUCCCUUUCGUUCUUGCACUCUUUUGUUUGUUGUGGUUGCCUGUUCACUGGUUGCCUAAGUUUGUCUUGUUUAGGUAGAUAUCAGUAGGGGAUAAGGGUUGGUGUGUUUCAGAACAGUUUAGUGCAGUCACAGAUCAUGUCCUUCCUCUCUUCGAUGUGCCCUUAUUCAUGCAACACUUCGUACUGCUAAACAACAAAUUAAGCUCUUUUAUUCUUUUCCCUGAUUGGUUUUUAAGUCAUGAUGCAAGAGUCAGGGACAGAGGCGACAAGCAACGGAACGGCCAAUCAGAACGGCAUCCCACCUAGCGUAGAGGGACACAGAGAAGUUCGAUCCAAGUGCGCCACACCCUCCUCUGACAUUACAGUGUCUGACCUUGUAACCUUCCAGCAACAGCAGGCCUUACAAGUUGCACGGCAGAUUCUUCUCCAACAACAACAACAGCAAAAUAGCUUCCACAAGUUGUCCAAAAGCAGUGACAAGCAGUCUGCGCCACAGGUGCCAGUUUCUAUUGCUAUGAUGACACCGCAGGUCAUAACUCCUCAGCAAAUGCAGCAAAUCCUCCAACACCAAGUUCUGAGCCCCCAGCAGCUCCAAAUUUUACUGCAGCAACAACAAGCACUGAUGUUACAGCAGCAGCAACUGCAGGAGUUCUAUAAGAAACAGCAAGAACAACUCCACCUUCAGCUCAUCCAACAGCAGCAUGGCAGCAAGCAGCAGAGUAAAGAGGUGUCUGCACAGCAGUUGGCAUUCCAGCAGCAGCUCCUCCAGGUUCAGCAGCUACAGCAGCAGCAUCUUCUUGGUCUGCAAAGACAAGGGCUGCUGUCCAUCCAGCCCAACCAGACUCUGCCUCUCCACUCCCUCACUCAGGGCAUGAUUCCAGCUGAACUCCAGCAGCUGUGGAAAGAGGUGACAAACAGCCAUGUGAAGGAGGAGAACAGCGGGACCAGUAAUGGUCACCGGGGUCUGGACCUGUCCUCCCCCUCCCCCGUUCCCCUCAAAACCAUCAACCAGCAUGGAUCCACCAAUGGCCAGUACGUCAGCCAUUCACUCAAAAGAGAGAGUUCAAUGUUGGAAGAUCAUUCCCCUCACAGUCACCCGCUUUAUGGUCACGGUGUCUGCAAAUGGCCAGGAUGUGAAGCCGUGUUUGAAGACUUUCAGUCAUUCCUAAAACAUCUGAAUAAUGAACAUGCAUUAGAUGACAGGAGUACGGCACAGUGUCGGGUACAGAUGCAAGUAGUUCAGCAGCUGGAACUGCAGUUAGCGAAAGAUAAAGAGCGUCUCCAAGCCAUGAUGACUCAUCUGCAUGUGAAGUCUACAGAGCCCAAACCCAACCCACAGCCACUGAACCUGGUGUCCAGCGUUACCUUGUCCAAGACGGCUCCUGAGGCCUCUCCACCUCUCAGUCUUCCCCAGACACCCACCACCCCAACAGCCCCCCUCACACCGCUCUCCCAAACCCACUCAGUUAUCACCCCCACCAGCCUACACAGUGUGGGACAAAUGCGCCGACGCUAUUCGGACAAGUACAACAUGCCUAUAUCUCCAGAUAUUGUACAGAACAAAGAGUUCUAUAUGAAUGCAGAAGUACGACCUCCUUUCACAUAUGCUUCAUUAAUACGACAGGCAAUACUAGAGUCGCCAGAAAAGCAGCUAACACUAAACGAGAUCUACAACUGGUUCACGCGAAUGUUUGCAUAUUUCAGACGCAAUGCAGCGACGUGGAAGAACGCAGUGCGGCAUAACCUUAGUCUUCACAAGUGUUUUGUGCGGGUAGAGAACGUUAAAGGGGCGGUAUGGACCGUCGAUGAGCUAGAGUUCCAAAAGAGAAGGCCGCAAAAGAUCAGCGGAAGUCCAGCUCUAGUAAAGAACAUCCAUACCACUUUGGGAUAUGGUCCCGCCCUUUCUGCAGCCUUCCAGGCAUCAAUGUCAGAGAACAACAUACCUCUAUACACUACCGCUUCCAUUGGAAGUCCCACUCUUAACUCGCUUGCCAGCGCUAUACGAGAGGAAAUGAACGGAGCCAUGGACCACGGCAACAGCAACGGUAGUGACAGAAGCCCUGGACGCUCACCCAUGCCAGCUAUGCAUCAUAUUAGUGUAAAAGAGGAGCCACUGGACCCGGAAGAACAUGAAGGUCCCCUUUCCCUUGUGACGACAGCCAAUCACAGUCCAGACUUUGACCACAACAGAGAUUACGAGGACGACCAUGUGAACGAGGACAUGCUGUAAGCCUGGUUUCUCCCAGGUCCUCUGACGAAAAGGCCAAAUGAACUGCAGUGAGAGACCGGAGAGACCACUCCAGAUAUAGCAAGACCAAGACUGGAUUCACAAUCCACUUGUUGACAGCUAUUAAAAUGUUCCAAUUUACUCUUUUGUGCCAUUAAAUAUGAAACGAAUACAAGAUAAGAAAAAUCUAUUCCAUUUGGAAGUAUUUUUGAUUUGUUUCUACUUUUCGGUUAAAAAGACACGCAUACAUUUCUACUCGUUACUCGAUGAAGAGACGCUUGGUACUGGGGGCCUGCUUCUACAGUACUUCCUUUUGGCAAAGUGUCACUGAGACCAGAGUGGACUUGAAAACACAGCUGAGAAAGACUGGCACGUCACCCUCUGAGUCGAAUAAACACUGAUCACGAACUACAGAGCACACGCACACACAAAUCAUUAACGCUUGAAUGAGCGUGUCACUCACGUGGUGUGUGUGCACGUAUGUGACUUUAUUCAUUGUCUCGGCCUUCAGAUCUUCUUAAGUUCGCUUCCAUUGCAGCUGAGAGAUAUCUGUCUGGUGUUUUUGAGGGUUCCUGGGCAAAUAAUUUAAACGUUGUGUCCUCUCAUUACUCUGUGCUGUUAGCUAUAUAUCCUUUUUUUGGGUUUGUUUGUUUUGGUAACUGAUCAGACCUCAUGAUUAAUGACAUGGAGUGUGCUUAGCACUGGAUGAAUGUGUAACGGUUCUUUUCGUGUUGUUUUUUCCUCUUGAAUUCUUUUCCUUUUAAAAUUCAAACAGAAUGUCGCAUUACCGUGUAGUAUUUUUCUGUCAUUUGUUCCUUUGCAAUUUCCACAGUGGCAUUGCCCUUGCAUGCGAACUCUCUCACACACACACACACACACACACACACACACACACACACACACACACACACACACACUCUUAAACUCAUGCUCUUUCCCGUUCAUGAAGUCCAUCUGCAAAUGCACUACUCGUAAUGAAGGCUCCCUCUCCAUGCACCAAUGAAGUUUAAUUUACACAUGGAAUGAAUGACAGAGAAAUCAACGCAGGUUAACGUUUAUCACUAUGAAAUUAAAUGUAAAAAAAAAAAAUCCACUUUCAUGGUGAUGCAUGUUAGCGUUAAGCAAAUCGUUGAUCGAGACCAUCAUCUGUAUUAAAUUAAAACAUGAAAUGUCAUAAAGGUAAUAAGCACCAGAGAGAUAACUGUUAGACAAAAGCUAAUUGUGAUUCCUGAACUUUGUUGGCAACUUUUUUUGUUUCUUUUCCGUUCUAUAAUUUCAAAGACUGACUGGAUGACUUUUAACUGCAUUCCCUGUCGUUUCAAUAUCUGUUUUACCA